GUGUUUAGAAUGGGACACGCUGAAGGUCCAGUCAAAGAAAAAGACAGUUAAGGAUGCCGGAGCCCAACAAUGGAUUUCUCCUUCUCUUUCAUGCAAGGGAUCAUGGGAAAUACAAUUCAGCAACCCCCUCAGCUUAUUGACUCAGCCAACAUCAGACAGGACGGCACCUGUGACACCGGCAGCGACCCGGGUGAGGAUGGCGGUACCUCCUACGAUGCGGCCCUGGAUGCAGACUUCUACCCUCCCUCAGCGUCAGAGGACCUGCCACACGUCUCCAACGGCUACCCACCGGGUCUGGGCAUGUACGAGCCACAAUCCAAGUUCUCCAUGUACUCGCAAUUCCCCAACGGUUCGGCCAACGGCUAUGGGCCCAUUCGCAGCUACGCGGAGCACGGUCUCCUCAUGCCUGGGGAGAGCACCGUGCUGAGGGGUCCCGGUCUGCAGGAACGACCCCGCUCCCCUGUAUCACCACCGCUGUCCACGCACCACCCCCACCUGCACCACCACCAUCAUCACCAUCACCUCCCCCAUGCGCACCAUUUCCUCUCAAACACAUCCCACAUCCAAAGCCACCCGCAGAGCCCCCCGCCGCUGCCCCUGCCCACCCAGCACCACCUUCCCCAUACGCCUCACAUCAUGACCCACACUCUGCCUCCUCCUCCACCCCUGCAUCUGCCCUCGUCCAGCCCUCCGCCUUCCCUUGUGGACAGUACCCCCACCUCCCAACCGGUCCACACCCCUGCAGAAGCACUGAAAAAAACCACCUCCCCUGAGAUCAAGCUGAAGAUAAUAAAGACGUAUCAGAAUGGCAAAGAGUUGUUUGAAACGGCACUGUGUGGAGAUUUGCUGCAAGAAUUGCAGAAGGAAUCUCAAAAGAAUGAGGCAGCUCAAGUGCAGCGCCGACACGAGAGGAAGAAGGAGAAGAGGAAAAAGAGCACAAAGCUUCAUCUCCACAUCCAGGAGCAAAGUUUGGAGCCCAUCCAAGGCCAAGCGGGUACCACGGGCCAAACAGUGGACACCCAUAUCCAGCUGCAGCCUAGAGAAUCUACACCCGACCAGACGGACAACUCUCAGAAGACAGUUAUCCAAAUUGAACCAAAGGUUCCCAAAGUCAAUCAACCUUCAGUGAUCCAAGAGACAGGAUUCUGCAAAGAGUUUGUCAUAGGAGAUCUUGUGUGGUCUAAGGUGGGCACUUACCCAUGGUGGCCUUGCAUGGUAUCAUCUGACCCACAAAUGAAGGUCCACACACGCAUCAAUACUAGAGGUCACAGGGAAUACCACGUCCAGUUUUUUGGCAGCGUUGCAGAGCGAGCCUGGAUACACGAGAAGAGGAUUGUCAUAUACCAGGGCAAGAAACAGUUUGAUGAGCUCCAGGCAGACACACUGCGCAGGACCACAAACACUGUGGAAAAACACAAACUUCUGAAGCCUAUCCCUCAGAGGGAGCGCGCUCAGUGGGAAGUAGGCGUCGGCCACGCAGAGGACGCCUUCUUGAUGACGCGCCAGGAGCGUAUCGACAACUACACCUUCAUUUACGUCGACCCGGUCCCUAACGAGACGCCGAUCGCCAAGAAACCUGUUGGCCGCCCUGAGAAACGUAACCGGCGCUCCAGUGACUCAAUCAAUAAGAAGGAAGACACAGGAGUGAAGUCGCCCGAGAGAGAGCAGCCGCAACGGAGACAGCUGCCACGCCGGCAGUGUAGCAUUUCCAACGCAGAUGACAGUAAUGGCUCAAAUGAGAAGAAGAACCUUAGGGGGGAUCAGAGUAAGUCUGAUUCCCCUAAACAGGAUACUGGUACUGAUGGGGGGGCCAAGCAAGAUUCUCCAGCACCUGUCAGGGCGUGGAAAACUGCAGCAGCUAGAAAACUGCUGCCUCUCUCCAUCACCAUGAAAAGGCUGAAUGUCGAGAUUACAAAGUGUGACUGGCCUCUGCUGCAGAAAAAGAUUGCUACCUUGCCUAAAAAAGAAGAGAAGGAAGAUGAGGUGGAGCAGGAGAGAGUAACGGGAGAAGGCAGGCAACCUGACCUGGGCUACUGCUCGCCUGAGCAGGACAGCAGAGCUAAGCCCGAGGCGAGUCCUGAGGAGGAUGAAGAUGUGGACGAUAUGGAGGAAGAUGGGGAGGAGAGGAGGGAAUCCCCUGCCAGUCGGAGCGAGGAGGGCGGAACCCAGCCCACCUCCUCACCCGGCUCUCCACACAGCAGUACACAAGGUUCUCAGGAGAGGAAGCUGCAGCGACGGUCAGUCAGGAGCAGGUCGGAGUCUGAACGAGGCAAUGACCCCAUUCCAAAAAAGAAAACCAAAAAAGAACAGGCAGAGAUGGCCCCUGAGGCUGCACCAAGGGCAGGUUCCCAGAAGGGAGCCAGCGAGAUAUCUGACGCCUGCAAACCGCUAAAGAAGCGAAGUAGAGCAUCCACCGACGUGGAGAUGGCAUCGUCUCAGUAUAGAGACACGUCAGAUUCUGACUCUAGAGGCCUCAAUGAUCCACAGGGUUUAUUUGGAAAGAGUCUUGAUAGUCCAGCAGCUGCAGAUGCAGACGCCUCAGACACUCAGUCUGUGGACUCUGGCUUGUCUCGUCAGGAUGGUAGCUCUGGGAAGAGUGACACAGUCUGUCAGAUUUGUGAGGUGUACGGUGAAAAUUUGGUGGUGUGUGAAGGUGAUUGCAACAGGCAGUUCCACCUCGACUGUCUAGGUCUGACGUCACUACCCGAAGGAAAGUUCACUUGCCUGGAAUGUAGAAAUGGCAAACACGAGUGUUUCAGCUGUAAGAAAGCAGGCAAGGAGGUGACACGUUGCUCUGCGACUGGCUGCGGAUGUUACUACCAUAAGGAUUGUGUUCAGAAGCUCCCAGGAACUACCAGCUUCACUGGCGGAGGCUUCAGUUGCCCUCAGCACAGCUGCGCCACCUGCUGUCUGGAGCGAGACCUGCAACGUGCCAGCAAAGGUCGUCUGAUGCGUUGUAUACGCUGCCCGGUGGCGUAUCACACUGGGGACAGCUGUGUGGCGGCGGGGAGCGCCGUCCUAACACAUCAUAUCAUGAUCUGCAGCAACCACGGCAGUACCAAGAAGAAUGGCCUCCUCACUUCUCCAGUCAACGUGGGCUGGUGUUUCCUGUGCGCCAGAGGGCUGUUAGUGCAAGACCUUACUGACACCAUAUUAAGUUCAUAUGCCUAUAAGUCCCACUACCUUCUGACUGAGUCAAAUCGUGCUGAGUUGAAAUUACCUAUGAUUCCCUCUCCUUCGUCAGCUACCAAAAAGAAUGUUGGGAAAGGAGGCAAGUUGCUGUGCUGCGACUCUUGCCCAGCUUCCUUCCACCCGGAGUGUUUGGAGAUGGAGAUGCCGGAGGGGCCGUGGUCCUGCAGCGACUGUAGGGCCGGCAAGAAGCCUCACUACAAACAAAUUGUCUGGGUCAAACUGGGAAACUACAGGUGGUGGCCAGCAGAGAUCUGCAACCCUCGUUUGGUCCCGUCGAACAUCCAGAGCCUUCGCCAUGAUAUUGGCGAUUUCCCAGUCUUUUUCUUCGGUUCCCACGACUAUUACUGGAUCAAUCAGGGGCGUGUCUUCCCUUACGUUGAGAACGACAAAAACUUUGUGACUGGUCAGAUUAACAUCAACAAGACUUUCAAGAAAGCUCUAGAAGAAGCAGCCCGCAGGUUUCAGGAGCUCAAAGCACAGAGGGAGAGCAGGGAGGCUCUAGAGCAGGAACGAAAAUCUCGCAAACCGCCACCCUACAAGUUCAUCAAGUCCAAUAAGCCUGUGGGGAAAGUGCACAUGCAUGUUGCUGACUUGUCUGAAAUCCCACGCUGCAACUGCCGGCCCACAGACGAGCAUCCGUGCAGCCUUGACUCGCAGUGUCUCAAUCGCAUGCUGCAGUAUGAAUGUCAUCCUCAGGUAUGUCCUGCGGGUGAAAAUUGUGAAAACCAGUGUUUCUCCAAACGCCUGUAUACGGGGACGGAGGUGAUAAAGACAGAAGGCUGUGGAUGGGGCCUUAGAACCAAUCAGGCUUUGAGGAAGGGUGACUUUGUGACCGAGUAUGUCGGCGAAGUCAUUGACUCAGAGGAAUGCCAGCAGCGAAUUAAACGCGCUCAUGAAAACCACGUCACCAACUUCUACAUGUUAACUCUUACUAAGGACCGUGUGAUUGACGCUGGUCCAAAAGGAAAUUCUUCCAGGUUCAUCAACCACAGCUGCAGCCCCAACUGUGAAACCCAAAAGUGGACAGUCAACGGCGAUGUCCGCAUUGGACUCUUUGCCCUUUGUGAUAUAGAAGCUGGGACCGAACUGACAUUCAAUUACAACUUGCACUGCGUGGGAAACAGAAGAACAUCUUGCCACUGCGGAUCAGACAACUGCUCAGGUUUCCUCGGAGUGCAGCCAACUAGUGCCGUGGUGCUAGAGAAAGAGGAGAAGGCCAGGAAUGCCAAACUGAGGCAGAAGAAGCGGAAGCUUCGGCUUGAGGGCAAACACACACACGAGUACUUCUGCUUUUGCUGUGGAGAGGGAGGAGAGCUAGUGAUGUGCGACAGGAAGGACUGCCCCAAGGCGUACCACCUGCUGUGUCUCAACCUCACCAAACCGCCAUAUGGUCGUUGGGAGUGUCCGUGGCACGACUGCAGCAUCUGCGGGGCACCGGCCUCAUCUUUUUGCGACUUCUGCCCUCGCUCUUUCUGCCCGGACCACGAGGCGGGAGCGCUGACUGCCUCUUCGUUAGAGGAGCGCCCCUGUUGUUCCAGCCACAACCCUCUCAGUCCACUGGGCUCCGUUCCCGGCUCGACUCAGCCGCCACCGACUUCCCCUCAGAGCCUCGUCGCAGUCAAAGAGGAACCGCAGAGAGACGUUGUGGCGCCCUCAUUACCUCGUUCCCAGUAG